AUGGCUUCACGCCCUCCCGCUCGGCGUGUGGUCUCUCAGCCAUACAUUUCCUCUUUCUACGACACAGCAGACCUCGCUGACGGUGUGAAGUCGGUCAACUUGGAGUAUAGGGAACAGAACUUGAGAGAUCUCAGUCGCGAGGAUAGCUUAGAGGGCAUUGUCGUUUCAUUGGACGACCUUGAAUCAGACAGCGGUCAAACACACAAGUACGCAGAGUCCGAAGGACAUUCAAGUGCAGAUACCGGCAAUUUAGCAGACCUUGCGGACACUAGCAUCAGCGACAGCAACACUGAUCUGGAGCAUUCGGAGGCUGUCAUCAAGAAGGUAUUCGGAGGCUUAGUCGACGAUCCUCUGUGGCCGUAUCUCCACGAUGUUCAGGUGACCGUUCAGCUUGAAAGCACUGAUUGGGACAAGCUCCUUGAACUUGUGCAAGAGCAUAACAACGUCUAUCAGCUCUUCUCAUGA